AUGAUGCGAAACCCGGACAAGAUAUCGUUUUCCAACGAGGGCGUCCAGGAGGAGAAGUGCGGGUGCGUGGGGUCCUACGAGCUCACGGAGUGUGCAUACGCAGUUGAAGCACAAGUCUGUGAAGAAGAGACGUGUUCCUUGGGGGAGAAAUGGUGCCGAAACCGGUUUUGA